AUGGUGCAGGCAGGAGAGCUGGGCUUCGGGCUGUGCCGAGGGUCUGCCCCCUUCCCGUCCUCUGAAGGCCGCUGUGGCUUCGGUCUCGAGCCUGGAGGCCGACUGUCAGGGUCUCCGAUGUGGAGAGCUGACACAGGCACCGCAGUGCCAGAAGAGGACAGUGGCUGCUUAGCAGUUCACGGGGAAAACGUGCCAGUGCAGAAGAGUUGCCAGACGGCCAGCAUUGCCAUGGCUGAGGUAGCCACCCAGGCCCGGACGCACGCCGACGCCCAGGUGCAGACAGAUGCCCCCGAGCCGCUGGGUGUCCUCCCUGUGUCCCGGCACGAAGCUCCCCGGCUCGCGGCCUUUCUUCGCAGAGUAGAGGCCAUGGUCAUCCGAGAACUGAACAAGAACUGGCAGAGCCAUGCGUUCGACGGCUACGACGUGAACUGGACCGAGCAGCAGCAGGCGGUGUCCUGUCUGCACACCCUGGGCUACCCCCCAGCCCAAGGGGAGGGUCUGCACGUGACCAGUGUCUCCUGGAACACCACCGGCUCGGUGAUAGCCUGUGCCUAUGGCCGGCUGGACGACGGGGACUGGAGCACGCUGAAGUCCUUCGUGUGUGCCUGGAACCUGGACCGGCGAGGCCUGAACCCCCGGCAGCCGUCGGUGGUGGUGGAGGUGCCCAGCGCCGUCAUGUGCCUGGCCUUCCACCCCACACAGCCCUCGCACGUCGCGGGAGGGCUGUACAGUGGUGAGGUGCUGGUGUGGGACAUCAGCCGUCCUGAGGACCCGCUGCUCUGGCGCACAGGCCUGACCGACGACACGCACACAGACCCUGUGUACCAGGUGCUCUGGCUGCCUGAGCCCCAACACGGGCACCGCUUCCGGGUGCUGAGUGUGGCCACCGACGGGAAGGUGCUGCUCUGGCAGGGGCUGGGCACUGGCCAGCUGCAGCUCACCGAAGGCUUCGCGCUGGCCGUGCAGCAGCUGCCCCGGAGCACCAAGCUGAAGAAGCUUUCCCGAGGUGAGACCGCGGUGGGUGCCACGGCGGUGGCUUUCUCCUGCUUUGAUCCCAGCCUCUUCAUCCUGGGCACCGAAGGCGGCUUCCCGCUCAAGUGUUCCCUGGCGGCAGAGGCGGCGGCCCUCACGCGGAUGCCCAGCUCCGUGCCCCUGCGGGCACCCGCGCAGUUUACCUUCUCUCCCCACGGCGGGCCUGUCUACUCCGUGAGCUGCUCCCCCUUUCACAGGAACCUCUUCCUGAGCGCGGGGACAGAUGGCCACGUGCACCUGCACUCCAUGCUGCAGGCCCCGCCUCUGGCCUCGCUGCAGCUGUCGCGCAAGUACGUGUUCGCCGUGCGCUGGUCCCCCGUGCGCCCCUUGGUUUUCGCGGCUGCUUCCGGGGAAGGAGACGUGCAGCUGUUUGACCUCCAGCAAAGCUCCCAGAGACCCACCAUCUCAAUCAAGCAAACCCAGGACGAAAGCCCUGUCUACUGCCUCGAAUUCAACAGCCAGCAGACCCAGCUUUUGGCGGCUGGUGAUGCCAGGGGCACCGUGAUGGUGUGGCAGCUGAGCACAGAGUUCACGGAGCAGGGGCCCCGGGAAUCAGAGGACUUGGACCGGCUGGCUGCAGAGGUGGCCACCUGAGGGCGCCAAGGGAGCCACAGGGACUAGAGGCGGGUCCCACCGGUGCUAGCUGUGCUGAGUCCUGGAUUUCUGAAUGAAGAACAAUACAACUUU